GAGACAAAGAAUGUUAUAUUAACUGCCUCUUUUCAAGUUAUAUGUGUGCAACUAAAUUAUAAACCUACCCAAAAUGGCUAUCACCAAUUGAAAAAUCUAGGUCAUAAAGAGUAAUUAUAGAAGAUGGAGAAUGCUGAAGUUCAAAAGUUGGUUUUGUGUAUCAGCUGCUUGGACCUCCCAGCCAUUUGAUCUUGAUAACUACACAACUGCAAACUGCCUCUGUCCAGCAACAGCUACAGGAGGGAAAUGCCAACCAGGUUUUUACUGUCCUGAAGGCAGUAUUGAGCCAACACCCUGCCCCCCAGGGACUUACUGCAAUGAUUCAGGUUUGGCAGAACCAAGUGGAGAAUGCAGUCCAGGUUACUAUUGCAUAAGAGGAGCCACUAAACCACAGAAUACUGAUGGUAUCACCGGUAAUAUAUGUCCCGGGGGUUCAUACUGUGAUGCUGGAUCAGGGCAACCAAUACCUUGUCCAUCAGGAACUUAUUCUAAUAUUCUUGCGCUGAGUGAUGUGUCAGAAUGCUUGCUUUGUACAGCCGGGUUUUACUGUGAUCUCCCUGGUCUCACUGCUCCAACUAAUCCCUGCUCAGAAGGAUUCUUUUGUCCCCCAGGACAGAAUGUGAGCAAGGCUAUUGCAUGCCCUCCAGGACACUACUGCCCAGAAGGAAGUGCUAAACCUAAAUUGUGUGACUCAGGUUCAUGGCAGGACCUGGGAGGCCAGGCAGAGUGCAAACCUUGUGUAGCAGGAUAUUAUUGUGACAACAGGAUUGGACCAGUUAUCGAUAUUGAACUUUAUCCCUGUCCGGCUGGGUUUUACUGCCCAGUGGGCACUCAGGCUGCCACCCAGUAUGGAUGCCCUCCUGGUACAUUCAGCCCUAACACAAGACUGAAGAACAUCAAUGACUGCCAGUUGUGUCUUCCUGGGCAAUACUGUGCAUCGUUCGGAUUGAGCGCACCUUCAGGUGAAUUGCCUUUCACUAAAUCGGGGCUUGUCCCUCGAAGUUGCUUCCACUAUAGGAGGACAGCUGAGGGCAAAGGCCUCGGUGAUGGUCCAGCAGCUGUGGUUGGAAACCAUUUUAAGAAUUUCACCCAUCUACAGAAUGUGUCAACAUCUUGA